CUGGGCUGCUGGGCUCCUGCGCGCUCACGCUCCCCGCCGCCCGCCUAGGCGCAGGCAGGGCGCAGGCGGCGGCGGGCGGCAUGGAGAGCCUGCUGGAGAACCCGGUGCGCGCCGUGCUCUACCUCAAGGAGCUCACCGCCAUCGUGCAGAACCAGCAAAGCCUCAUCCAUACCCAGCGCCAGCGCAUCGAUGAGCUGGAGCGGCGUCUAGACGAGCUGAGCGCGGAGAACCGCAGCCUGUGGGAACACCAGCAGCUGCUGCAAGCCCAGCCUCCGCCUGGGCUGGUUCCCCCGCCGCCGUCUGCCCCACUGCCUGCUCCUGCAGUCACUGCUCCGGCCUCCGCGGCGGCCCAGGAACAGCUUCAGGACCACGGACAGCUCAUACCCGCCCCACCGGAGCCGCCACUUCAGCACCACGGACAGCUCCUGGCGCAGCCCCAGCCGGCACCCAGCAGCAGGGUUCAGACUCCUCAGUCGCCCCACCAGCACCCGGUGGCACCCGGGGCCAUAGCUGACAAGGAGAAGGAGCGUCCCUCGAGUUGUUGUGCUGCCGCGGGAGCCCUGCUUCAACACGCAUCCCCCGCCGCCCUCGGCAAGGGCGUCCUGAGCAGGAGACCCGAGAAUGAGACUGUGCUACACCAAUUCUGCUGCCCUGCCGCUGACACCGAGCAGAAGCCUGCCUGCUCCGACCUGGCUUCCCAAAGUGAUGGCUCCUGUGCCCAGGCCGGUGGGGGCAUGGAGGACUCCGUGGUGGCAGCGGUGGCAGCCGGCAGACCCAGUGCCCAUGCCCCGAAGGCUCAAGCCCCGGAGCUACAGCAGGAGGAGGAGCGGCCAGGGGCAGUGGGCUCCCCACGGGCUGGCCCCCUCCGCGCGGCCUCUCCUGGCCGGCAGCAGCCUGCCCUGGCGACGGCGCUCUGCUCCCACACUCCUGCUGCCUCCGAAUACGAACUCUCCCUUGACCUAAAGAAUAAACAGAUUGAAAUGCUAGAACACAAAUACGGGGGCCACCUGGUAUCCCGACGCGCCGCGUGCACCAUCCAAACCGCUUUUCGCCAGUACCAGCUCAGCAAGAACUUUGAGAAGAUCCGUAACUCACUCCUGGAGAGCCGCCUGCCUCGGCGGAUCUCACUGCGCAAGGUGAGGGCGCCCACAGCAGAGAGUCUGGUGGCAGAGAANGCGCUCCUGGAGGGCUGUGGGCUCCUUGGGCUCCCGCUGGGGCGCUCGCCNUCGCUGCCGCCCACCUUCGCUGGCUCGCUCACCGAGCUGGAGGACUCCUUUACCGAGCAGGUGCAGUCCCUGGCCAAGUCCAUCGACGACGCCCUCAGCACCUGGAGCCUCAAGACCAUGUGCUCCCUGCAAGAGAGUGGCGCGUACCAGCUCCACCAGGCGCUGCACCCGAGUGCGGGACAGCCAGGCCUGGAGACCGAGGCGGCGGCGCGGGAGCCAGAGAGCGGCCCCGGGUCUGGAGAUGAGGCCGGUGGUCUGCCUCAGGGUCACAGCGGUACCCUCAUGAUGGCUUUCCGGGACGUUACGGUGCAGAUNGCUAACCAGAACAUCUCUGUUUCCUCCUCCACCGCCCUGUCUGUGGCCAACUGUCUGGGCGCACAGACCGCCCAGGCCACAGCCGAGCCUGCUGCCGCCCAAGCCGAACAAGAGGACACCGUGGCUCAGGAGGUCUCNGAAGUCCCAGCCUCGGAACNGAUGGACCCACCCAAUGAGGACUCAGAGGCAGCGGAGAGCCGCGCCCAGAGCGCACAGGAACCCGCGGUGGCCCAGGCCGUGGUGGAGGAGGCGGUGGCUACAGAGGCAGAGGAGGAAGAGGAGGGGGCCAAGCAGGCNGGGAAAGGGGCAGAGGCCGAGGGAGGCGACAACUCUGAGCAGCUGAGCAGCAGCAGCGCUUCCACCAAGUCUGCCAAAUCCAGCUCAGAGGUUUCUGCCGCCGCCUCCAAGGAGGCCCUGCAGGCGGUGAUCCUGAGCUUGCCCCGCUACCACUGCGAGAACCCAGCCAGCUGCAGGUCCCCCACGCUCUCCACAGACACCCUGCGCAAGCGGCUGUACCGCAUCGGCCUCAACCUCUUCAACAUAAAUCCGGACAAGGGCAUCCAGUUCCUGAUCUCACGUGGCUUCAUCCCUGACACCCCCAUCGGUGUGGCCCACUUCCUCCUCCAGCGGAAAGGCCUUAGCCGCCAGAUGAUAGGAGAGUUCCUGGGCAACAGCAAGAAGCAAUUCAACCGGGACGUGCUGGAGUGUGUGGAUGAUGGUGCGGACAUCCCCAGAGAACUGGUGGUAGGCAUCUAUGAGAGGAUCCAGCAAAAGGAGCUCAAAUCCAAUGAGGACCAUGUCACAUAUGUCACCAAGGUGGAGAAGUCCAUCGUGGGCAUGAAGACGGUGCUGUCCAUGCCGCACCGCCGCCUGGUCUGCUGUAGCCGGCUCUUCGAGGUGACCGAUGUGAACAAGCUACAGAAACAAGCAGCACACCAGAGAGAAGUGUUCCUCUUCAAUGAUCUGCUGGUGAUCCUCAAGCUAUGCCCAAAGAAGAAGAGCUCCUUCACGUAUACGUUCUGCAAGGCAGUCGGCCUGUUAGGCAUGCGCUUUCACCUCUUCGAGAACGAGUAUUACUCCCAUGGCAUCACUCUGGCAACCCCAGUCUCGGGCUCNGAGAAGAAGCAGGUGCUGCACUUCUGCGCCCUGGGCUCCGACGAGAUGCAGAAGUUCGUGGAAGACCUGAAGGAGUCCAUCGCUGAGGUGACGGAGCUGGAACAGAUCCGGAUAGAAUGGGAACUGGAGAAGCAGCAGGGCACAAAGACGCUCUCCGUGAGGUCUGCUGGAGCCCAAGGGGACCCACAGUCGAAGCAAGGAUCACCCACAGCCAAGAGGGAGGCGAUGGCAGGAGAGAAAGCGGCGGAGAGCUCGGGGGAGGUGUCAAUUCACAACAGGCUUCAAACGUCCCAGCACAGCCCCAAGUUGGGGGUCGAGAGGGAAGCGCCUGCACCAUCACCACCAACAUCACCACCGCCGUUGCCGCCAGACCCACAGCCUAGCCCCCUGAGGGAGCAGCCCCCACCGCUGCCACUGCCACCACCCACACCCCCAGGCACCCUGGUACAGUGCCAGCAGAUUGUCAAGGUCAUUGUCCUGGACAAACCCUGCUUGGCCCGCAUGGAGCCCCUGCUGAGCCAGGCUCUGUCCUGUUAUGCCUCAUCCUCCUCAGACUCCUGUGGCUCCACACCCUUGCGUGGUCCAGGCUCCCCAGUUAAGGUCAUCCACCAGCCUCCACUGCCCCCGCCCCCACCCCCAUACAACCACCCUCAUCAGUUCUGCCCCCCAGGCUCCAUGCUGCUCCGGCGCCGUUACUCCAGCGGCUCCAGGAGCCUGGUGUAGGCUCUACCCUUAGCGCCCCUAUGUCCCAGUGGGCUGUCCUUUGGGAAUCUGGGCUGCUCGUCGGCACUGCUCACAUCUAGGUGUAAUGCCUUCCUGGCCACUGGUCACUAUUGUAGAAAGAGAAUGCCCUGGCAAGAUGGUUUGCUUGACCCAACCAUCCUUCACUAACUGAUUUGAGUACCUUGCCACCAAUGUGUAACCACCUUCUCACUCUUCUAGGGGGUCCCACAUGGCCAGAUGGACCUUCUCCUCUGUGUUCACCAUGCUCCCCUUAUUAGAUUGUAGAUUGAAGGAAACUGAAGCCAAGGGGCCUGUGGGCUGAUGGGCUUGCAAUCUUGGUCUAUCAGUGUCCACGUCUUGGGCCAAGAACAAAAGGCUGAACCUGCCAGCAGCACCCUCCAGGACAGGGGCAGGCUACCCCAGCAUAAGGUGUAUCUAUGCCCCAGCUGAAUCAAGGAAAGCUAUCCCUGGCUCCCUGGCAGGACCUAGGCGUAGUAGAAGGGAGCUCUGUCUGCUGCGUCUGUUAUCCAAACCUGUAGUCAGGAAACUGGUUCUUAGCUUCCCAGGGAUGUUGGCUCCCUGAACCAUGUCCGCUCUCCUGCCUCCCCCAGACCCAGGAAAGACCCAAGAAAGAGAAGGGGCCAGGGUAUUCAGUUCUGUCUGGGUCAGUUCAACGUGGCCCUGNGACAGUGAGGUCAUGUCUGCAAAGUGCACUUUUUAAGAACAUUUCUUGGUUCUCUAAGCCUUAAACGCUCNGCCAGUACUGAGCGUACACAGGCAGUUAUCCGUAAACACAUGUGAGAACCAGGUUGAUGACUUCCUGGUAGAACCAGAAGCAAGGAAAUGAGGUUGCAGCUCUGCCCAGCCGAGGUAUGACUUGGCCUGGAGGCAGGGAUUCCUGGUGUAUGACUCUGCAGCCUCUGUGUACAAAGACAAGGUGAAGCAGUGGGGUUCCAGAGUCACUGUGCCAACCCUGUUGUCCUAGCUUUGAAACAGUCCCUCCCUGGAAAAUGAUGCUGGCUUCCAGCAGGGAUGGCCUAGAGUUCCUGGACCUUUGAAACUGCAGAGCAGAGCAGAGCAGGAAAACCCAUCAGCUUCCCAGGCCUUCAUCAGCACCAGAGCCAGCACAGGUAGCCCUGGCCCUACAGAGCCCCAGAGACAACAGGGGUGGUGUCACGGGCGGUCACAUUCAUGCUGUUUUCAGGGACACCUUUCACAAGCCAGGCCAGCCUCCUUUGUCCUAUGCCAACAGCUAUUUCUGACUGUCCUCAAGGUGUCCUCCUAUCAGAGCCUGAUUUUAAAGUUUCCCGAGAGGCAAGAGGCACAGUGAACGUUGCCAUGGUUGGAAGUGAAUUAACUUUUCCUGGUCCCUACUAUACCCCCCCAAAGAUUCAGUACUCUGAACCAGAUAGGAGGCAUAAAUAACCCAGGCUAUUAGAGGGGCCAAAUGACCCCAUUUUACAUGUGUGCAUGUGUACAUGCGUGCAUGUGUGCAUGCGUGCGCGUGAG